AUGGUCCUCGAAGCUACAAUGAUUGCCAUAGAUAACUCCGAAUAUAUGAGAAAUGGAGAUUAUCUAACUACGAGAUAUGACGCACAAUUGACUGCCACUGAAUUUAUUUUCCAGAACAAGAUCAAUUCCAAUCCUGAAAACACCGUAGGGUUAUUGGCCUACGGAGGUACAGGUCCGCAGGUGUUGAGUACGUUAACCACUGACUUUGGUAAGAUAUUAUCUGGCGUUCAUGAGACUAAGAUCUCUGGUGAGAAUCAUUUCAGUAAUGGGGUAGAAGUUGCUGCAUUAGCCUUGAAACACCGUCAAAACAAAGUGCAACACCAAAGGAUCAUAAUAUUCGUUGGAUCUCCCAUAAAAGAGGAAGACAAGGAGUUAGAGAAGCUUGCAAAGAAGAUGAAAAAGAACAAUGUGGCAGUUGACAUUAUAAACUUUGGUGAAGAAAAUGUGAAUACUAGCAAGUUGGAGAAAUUUCAUUCCACCGUAAACAACCACGACAGUUCACACUUGGUUACAAUUCCACCUGGACCAAGGUUGUUAUAUGAGGUUGUUGCUACGUCACCGAUUUUGGUAGAAGAUGGUGCAUUUAGCGGUGCAGGUGGUGAGCAAGACUUUUUCGGUGGCGGUGUUGCUGGUGCAGGAGACAUUAUUGACCCUAACAUGGAUCCAGAUUUGGCUUUGGCAUUGAGGUUGUCUUUAGAAGAGGAGAAGGCGAGACAAGAGAGGGAAGCUGCCGAGAAGGCUAAAAGUGAAGGCGGAAGUAGUGACAAACCUGAAGACUCGAAAAAGGACGAUGGUGAUAAGGACGGUGGAGACCAGGACGUCAAAAUGGAGGAUUCUAAAUAG